CUGGAGCCGGCGGCUGUGGCGAUGAGCCGGAGCGGGGCCGCAGUGGCCGGAGGCGUCGCCAAGCGUGGUCGGCCCGCCAGCCCGCCCGAUGGGUUCUGCACCCCCGAGAAGCGGGUCUGCGCCGGGUGGGCCAUGGGCCCGGAGGGGCCCCACCCGCGGCACUGGGGCACCGAGCAGGUCUGCGACUUCCUCUGCCGCAACGGCUUUAGCGAGCCCGGCCUGCUGCGCUGCUUCCGAGAAAAUCAGAUCACCGGGGCAGUGCUGCCUUACCUCACUAAAUCUGAACUUAAAGACCUAGGAGUUGGACCCUUGGACUUGAGAUUGAAAUUGAUUGUUUGCCUGCAAAAACUAGAUCAAAAUCAUGCUGAUAUAAUGAAGGUUUUUAAUGAUCCUAUUCACGGCCAUAUUGAAAUACAUCCUCUCCUCGUUCGAAUCAUUGACACUCCUCAGUUUCAACGCCUGCGAUAUAUAAAACAGCUGGGAGGCACUUACUAUGUUUUCCCAGGAGCAUCGCACAACCGCUUUGAACACUCCUUGGGGGUAGGCUAUCUGGCAGGAUGUCUAGUCCGGGCAUUACACGAAAGACAGCCAGAGUUGGAAAUAAGCCAGCGAGAUAUUCUCUGUGUUCAGAUUGCUGGACUUUGUCACGAUUUGGGUCAUGGACCAUUUUCACACAUGUUUGAUGGAAGAUUUAUUCCACUUGCUCGCCCAGAUCUGAAAUGGAAGCAUGAAACUGCUUCUGUUCAGAUGUUUGAACACCUGAUUACUUCCAAUGGGCUAGAAAAAGUCAUGGAAGAUUAUGGUUUUGUCCUGAAAGAAGAUAUGGACUUCAUCAAAGAACAAAUAGGAGGACCCCUAGAUAAAACCCCAUGUCGGGGUUUGUGGCCAUACCGUGGUCGACCAGAAGAGAAAAGCUUCCUUUAUGAGAUAGUGGCUAACAAAAGAAAUGGCAUCGAUGUUGACAAAUGGGAUUACUUUGCCAGGGAUUGCCAUCACUUAGGAAUCCAGAAUAAUUUUGAUUAUAAGCGCUUCCUUAAAUUCGCUCGGGUCUGUGAAGUGAAAAACAAGAAGCAUAUCUGUACCCGUGACAAGGAGGUUGGAAAUCUGUAUGACAUGUUCCAUACGCGGAAUUGUUUGCACCGCAGAGCUUACCAGCACAAGGUUGGCAACAUCAUUGAAACAAUGAUUACAGAUGCCUUCCUAAAAGCAGAUCCCUAUAUUAAAAUAGAGGGCACUGGUGGAAAACACUACAAAAUUUCUACAGCAAUGGAGGAUAUGGAAGCUUACACUAAGCUAACAGAUAACAUCUUUCUGGAGAUUCUGUACUCUAGUAAUAAAGAGCUGGCUGAGGCACGAGAAAUUUUGCAUAAAAUAGAGCUUCGCGAUCUAUAUAAGUAUUUGGGAGAGACUCGUACUGAAUCAGGAAAAGAAAUUACAGAGGAUCAGUAUGACAUGCUGCCAGCUCACAUUGUUGCUUCCAGACCAAAGAAUGCACCUCAGGAUGUUGAAUUGAAUGCUGAAGACUUUAUAGUUGACGUUAUCAAUAUGGACUAUGGAAUGAAAGAACAGAACCCUAUCGAUAAAGUUCGCUUCUAUUGCAAGUCUGACCCGAGCCAGGCAGUCAAGAUUUCGAAAGAACAGGUUUCCAGGCUUCUGCCAGAGACAUUUGCAGAGCAGCUGAUCCGGGUUUAUUGCAAGAAAAAGGAUGAGAAGAGUUUAGAUGCUGCAACAAAGUGUUUUAUUCAGUGGUGUAUGAACAUGGAUUUUACAAAACCACAGGAUGGUGAUGUGGUCGCCCCUGAACUAACUCCAAUGAAAGCAAGCUGGAAUGACCCUGAUGAGGAUGAACUGCAAAGUCCAAAUGAUCGCAGGGAAGCUUCAAAAUCCAGAACCAGACUCUUUCAAUAACUGAUUUGUUAAAUGGAGUUUAUUUGCAAUAUUUAAAGCCUUUCCAGUAACAGUUUUGCGCUGUCCCUUCUAUCCCUUUAAAAGAUACUUGAAAGGGAACAGCACAUUGUAUAAAACCUACUUGAAGAGCUUUACAGAACAAGUUUACAAGAAUGCAUUUUUUAGGUUGCUGUAUGUUUCCUGUACGUAACAUAGCGAUUUAAAAGCCCUGCGAGCAUUGACAUUCAAAGGGGAAUUUUAUAUGUGAUCAGUGAUUACUUGCAGCAGAGCAAACACUGUGUUUGACUUGAAUGUAUGGGGGCUGUGUAGCAAGAGUUCCUUUAAAAAUGAAGGCUUUUGAAAUACCCCAAACUUCCAUAAAAUUCCCAAAGGAAAUCAGUAUUUUACCGUUGUUGUAGUGUAGCUAGCAUUGCACUUCAGCACAAUUUUGACUUCCCUAAAAUCAGAGAAAUGUGAGCAGCAAGUGCCCAGUUCCCUUUACUGGGGCAAAUG